AUGGGCAGCGGGGCAAGUGCAGAGGACAAGAAAUCCAAGGAGCUGGAAAAACAGCUGCAGGAGGAUGCCGCCAAGGAGUCCAGGACAGUGAAACUGCUGCUACUGGGGGCUGGUGAAUCUGGAAAGAGCACCAUUGUAAAGCAGAUGAAAAUUCUCCAUCAGGGUGGAUACACAAAAGAAGAACAAAUGGAGUUCAAGUCCAUCAUCUUCGGCAACAUACUGCAGUCUGCCAUGGCCAUCAUCCAGGGCAUGUACCAGCUGGGCAUCGACUACGGGACUCCAGCCGCAGCGGAGGAUGGUCAGAAGCUACAGAACCUGUCAGACUCGAUUGAAGAGGGCACCAUGCCUACAGAACUUUCUGACGUUAUAAAGCGGCUCUGGAAGGACAACGGGGUGCAGGCCGCUUUCGAGAGAGCCGCUGAGUACCAGCUAAAUGAUUCUGCUUCCUACUACCUGAAUGACCUGGACCGGAUUACACAGCCCGACUAUGUGCCCAGUGAGCAGGAUGUCCUACGAUCUCGAGUGAAGACCACCGGCAUCAUCGAGGAGCAGUUCUCUUGCAAGGAGCUGUACUUCAGGAUGUUUGAUGUGGGAGGCCAGCGGUCAGAGCGUAAGAAAUGGAUCCACUGCUUCGAGGGAGUGACUUGUAUUAUCUUCUGUGCGGCCCUCAGUGCUUACGACAUGGUCCUGGUGGAAGAUGAUGAAGUGAACCGCAUGCACGAGAGCCUCCACCUCUUCAACAGCAUCUGCAACCACAGGUUUUUCGCUACCACUUCCAUCGUGCUGUUCCUUAACAAGAAGGAUCUCUUUCAAGACAAGAUCAAGAAGGUCCACCUCAGCAUCUGCUUCCCUGAUUAUAACGGUCCCAACACGUACGAUGAUGCCAGCAACUACAUUAAGCUUCAGUUCCAGGACCUGAACAUGAAGAAGGGAAUUAAGGAGAUCUAUGGCCACAUGACCUGCGCUACAGAUACAGAGAACGUCCAGAUUGUGUUCAAUGCCGUCACAGACAUCAUCAUCAAAGAAAAUCUUAAAGACUGUGGCCUGUUCUGAGUGAGAA